UGCAGUGUCGCACCCCUGUACUGUGUACUUGCUCAUUAUAUCUGUCGCUCGCUAUUUGGACAGUAGAGAAGAGCCUCUGUUUCUUAACGGCUUUCUAUAAUGUAGCCUACCUCCGCAGAACGCUCGAGACUGGGCAGACCGGACUCGUCAAUUGUGUUUGGGAAGUUUAUAUUUUCUUCCAACAGAUGCGCAUUUUUUUUAUAUUGUUUUGGACCUCAAUCAGUGCACCGUGUUGUCGUUUUAAGAUUCGCCAAUACACCGGUCUUCGAUUGCGGUGGUCACGGUCACCCUAAAGGAAGGGUCUGUGAGCUGGGAUUCUCUCCUUCCACUCCCCCACACACACACACACUCCCUCGCAUAGACACUCUGCAGAAUGAGGGAAGCCUGGAGGUGCUUGCUGGGACUGUGCCUCCUGGCACGCUCUGCCUCCCCCGCCUCCCCUCACGGUGCCCCCAACCUUGCCCCUGGGCAACAGAUACCCCCAGAUCCCUGCUACGAUGACACAGGCACCGCCCGCCGCUGCAUCCCCGAGUUCAUCAACGCCGCCUUUGGCAAGGAGGUGGCCGUGUCCAGCGUGUGCGGCUGGCCGACGUCGUCGCGCUCUUGUAGCAUGGUGGAGCACGGUGAGGAGCGGCCUUCAGUGCGCACCUGCCAGAUCUGCGACGCAGCGGACCCAUGGCGUGCCCGCCCGCCCUCCUACCUCACCGACCUCAACUCGGCCCACAACCUCACCUGCUGGCAGUCGGAGAAUCUGCACACCUCGCCAAACAACGUCAACCUCACCCUGUCGCUGGGAAAGAAGUUUGAGAUCACCUACGUCAGCUUGCAGUUCUGCUCGCCCCGCCCAGAGUCAUUGGCAAUCUACAAGAGCAUGGACUACGGCAAGAGCUGGACGCCUUACCAGUACUAUUCGUCCCAGUGCCGGCGCAUGUACAACCGGCCUAACAAGGCGGCCAUCACAAAGCAGAAUGAGCAGGAGGCCCUUUGUACCGAUGGCCACACUGACCUCUACCCACUUUCCGGAGGGCUCAUUGCCUUCAGCACUCUGGACGGGCGGCCCUCCGGGAAAGACUUUGACAACAGCCCUGUGCUCCAGGACUGGGUAUCAGUCACCGACAUCCGUGUGGUCUUCAGCCGGCCCCAGCUGCCCCGCGAAAUAGGGGCAGGAGAAGGGGGGGGGAUAGGCGGGGGAGGCCAGCCGGACGAGGACCCAAUGGUACCGUCCACGUCUCUGCCGGGGUACUUCUACGCGGUGGGGGACUUCCAGGUGGGCGGGAGGUGUAAGUGCAACGGGCACGCCUCACGCUGCCUCAAGGACAAGGAGGGCAAGCUGGUGUGCGACUGUAAACACAACACGGAGGGGCCCGAGUGCGACCACUGUAAGCCCUUCCACUGCGACCGGCCAUGGCAGAGGGCCAGCGCCCGUGAGGCCAACGAGUGUUUACCGUGUAACUGUAACCUGCACGCCCGGCGCUGCCGCUUCAACAUGGAGCUGUACAAGCUGUCAGGGAGAAAGAGUGGAGGCGUGUGCAUGAACUGUCGCCACAACACGGCUGGACGCCACUGCCACUACUGCAAGGAAGGCUUCUACCGGGAUAUGGCCAAGCCCAUCACACACCGCCGCGCCUGCAAAGCCUGUGACUGCCACCCGGUGGGUGCGGCAGGGAAGACAUGUAACCAGACGACGGGCCAGUGCCCCUGUAAGGACGGCGUGACGGGCAUCGCCUGCAACCGCUGUGCCAAGGGCUACCAGCAGAGCCGCUCGCCCGUGGCCCCCUGCAUCAAGAUCCCAGUGGUGAACCCUACAGCCAUGGUCAGCAGCAGCACAGAGGAACCGGCAGCAGAUUGUGAGUCAUAUUGCAAACCAGUGAAAGGGAAUCUGAAAAUCAACAUGAAGAAAUACUGCAAGAAAGACUAUGCGGUGCAAGUCAACGUGCUGGACAUGGAGACGGUGGGCGACUGGGCCAAGUUCUCUGUCAGCGUGGUGUCUGUCUACAAGAGCCGUGGCGAGCCACUCAAACGGGGCGACAACGUCCUGUGGAUUCACAUGAAGGACCUGGCUUGCAAGUGUCCAAAAAUCCAGAUGAGCAAGCGCUUCCUGGUUAUGGGCACUAGCGAGACCGGGCCUGGGGGUUCUGUGUCUGGGGGUCCCAGAGCUGGACCAGGGGCCAUAGGGGCCACUGCAGGAGCAGAGCGAAUAGGGCUCCUGGCUGAUAAGAACAGCCUGGUCAUCCAAUGGAGAGACAUUUGGACACGGCGCCUCCGUAAGUUCCAGCGCAAAGAGAAGAACGGCAAGUGCAACAAAGCAUGAUGGGAGAGAGAGCAGCACAUCCCAUCCAACACCACCCCCACCCAUACUCCUACCCCCCAUGACCCUGUCCUAGCUCUCAGCUAGUUCACAAACACAACCCCACCCCCGACUUCCUAAAAACCCUGAACCCCAAAGCGGGGACACUGCACAUUACAGAGACUGCAUGUAUUUUGCCUGUUUAAGGACCACUUUGUGUAUAUUAUAUAACUACUUCAUUUUUAUUUUGUGCUUUAAUCAUGGGACUCUUAUCUAUUGGUCUGCCUUAAAAAGGGACCAUUAAAAAGGUUACGAAAUGACAACGACAGCAAAAAUGUCCACUCUUGCCCCACUCACAACCCCCCCACCCCCCCUACAGACUGCUUUAGUCCCCCCUCCUGUCACCAUGUUUUAGUGUUUGAAACUAUCAGAGUUCACAUUUCCGUUCUUGUACCAGGAGUAUUUAUGAAGCUCGGAUGAAGCUCUCUCUCGAAGAGAGAGAGACUGAUUUUUUGUUGUUGUAGCAAAGGCCCUCAUGCAGGCUGCAACCAAUGAAAAGAAAAGCAGCACAACCUCAGCUCGUCUGCCUACUCCACCACUGUUUCACUGUCUCUAAACCCCCACCUUGUUCUACGCAACUGAGAUUACUAGCCUAGAGAGGCCAUUUUGCCUUGUACUCUUAUUCCAUAUGUUAAGAUAUGUACACAUCAACUCUGCAGUAGCAUCUCUGGACCAGACCCCACAGCGGCUGCAUCCUCGUCCACAGAGGAUCGUCACCACAACAAGGGCUGUCCCCACAGGGGCCUUCUCCACCUCCAAACCUCACUUUUACCACCACUGCCAUUGCAGUAUAUACAUAACUUCAGACAGAGGCACCUGCUACACUCUAGUCUACACGCUACAGCUGUUGACAAUGACCCCACCACUCACUCACUGGUUCUACAGAUCCAGUCAUAGACAGACAGUGACACUGCUUAGAGACGGACUAACUUUAAACUCUAAUAAUGUUUCUCCUUUAUUCUAUAUUCACGUAAUUCUGUUCUCAGAUUCCUAUACUCCUACUGACCCACUGUCUCACUAUCUAAGUGAAGUCCCAGAACCCAUGCACCCCCCCCCUGCCAGCCCUCACACCAAGAGCAGGAAAUUGAACCAUGCAUCAUUAUCUGACUAAAUAUAUAUAUAUUUUUUUUUUUAGAGAGGGAGAGAGAGAGACUCCAGCAGAGUGGAAAGUAGCCCGCUUCAGAACAGAACAACAGCCAAUACUCCAAACUUCAGGAGGAUAUUAUGCAUAAUGUCUUCCUGUGUUUGUUGAUAAAAAGGUCACAUGUCAUUGUGUGACCAAUAUGUUCAUUAUUUCUGUCUUUCUCUUUUUCUACCACUUUUGACGAUGUGUCCAAUGACGGACUAGUGAUCGCUUGCCAAGAGAAGAGCUCAAAACAAAGAGUGCCAUUUCACGAAGAACAGAAAAAGGUUUAGCUCUACCUUUUCAACUGUAGCUUAUUGACAAAAGAGUCCGGAAACUUCUAGGCUACAUGUUUUUUGUACAUUUGCAUGUUUGUGGUUUUGCUGGUCUGUCCGAUGCAAAGAAAAAAGUUACAAUAAGCAGAGCAAGGAAUUAACAAAUGUUAACAUCACAAUCCAGAGGAAACACCCUUCGUCAUCUUGCCGACACCUGACCCCUCUCUUCUGUUGCCAAUGAUGCAUCGGGCUGUUCCUACAUUUAAUCAAGAAAAGGAGAAAAUCAGGCCAGAAACAAAACCACAAAGGAACGUCUGUUUGCUCUUAAUGCUGAUGUUUGUCUUUGACCUUACUUCAUUUAUUUAAAAAGAGCGUACAACGUAAAGACAUUGUUAAGGGGUCAUUCUAGCGAGCAGUAAUGUAAUGCUAGUGGUUGGUGGGCCGCAGUGCUAUGUUUGGUUUGUCACAUUUUCAAGCCCCUCAGAAGUGUCUCUCCCUCUCUCCUUGUCAGGCCUCUGUUCCUUUCUGUUCUGUAACGUGUGUUUCUGUGUCUUAGAUAAGUGACAGAAGUCAGCUGCAGUCCUUAUUAAGUGGUGUAGGUCCUGUUUCCAUUUUGAGUUUUCCACACUGAGUGUACAAACAUGCAGGCUCUUGCCAUGCAGGUGAAAGCUAUGCUCCCUUAUUGAUGUCAUUUGUUCAAUACACUUCAAUCAGUGUAGAAAGGAUCAAGAAGGAUUUUGAGGCCCUGAGAUAAUUGAGACGGAUUGUGUGCCAUUGAGAGUGAAUAUUUCAGUGCCUUUGAACAGGUUAUGGUAAUAGGUGAUAGACGCACCUGUUUACGUGUGUCAAGAACGGUCGACCACUCCAAGGACAUCCAGCCAACUUCAUACAACUGUGGGAAGCAUUGGAGUCAAAAUGGGCGAGCAUCCUUGUGGAACGCUUUUGACGAAUAGAGUCCGUGCCCCGACGAAUUGAGGCUGUUUUGAGAGCAAAAGGGGGUGCAACUCAAUAUCAAAAAUAUGUUCCUAAUGUUUUGUACACUCAGUGUCUAUAAAUGAGACGAUGCCAACUGUAAAAACUACAUACAGACACAUGGUAUGAUUGUACUUUCUUCUGAGAUCAUGUUGUUGCAGCGAAGAAUGUUUACUAAAUAUUGUCAGUCCAAAACAACUGAAUGGAUUUAGAAUUUGUUCACACAAAUUGUGUCUGUCUAGACUAAGUUUUAUGGGUAAUGGUUGUGGGUCCUCCUUCAUACACUAUAUAUACAAAGGUAUGUGGACACCCCUUCAAAUUAGUGGAUUUGGCUAUUUC